CUCCCUCUAUCUUUUCUCAGACCUUGUUCAUUCCCUCUGCACUCUCUCCUUCUUCCUGAGACCUUGUUCGUUCCCUCUCUCUUAGUGAGUCUGAUAGAGGAGAGGAAAACAAGAGGCAAGAAAGAUUCAGAAUCCCAAAACACUAAAAGAGAACAGAAACUCUGACUAGUUCGCUCGUGUGUGUGUGUGUGUGUGUUGUUUUGGGUGUGUUGGUGUUAGCCAACCCCAAACCCAGCUGAGCUAACUGCCGCUCUGCGAUCCUGUCAUUGAAGACAGGAGGAAACUGGACGGACUGGAAGGGCGAGUGGACGGAGAGAGAAGGUGACAGAGGAAAGGAAAAGGUAGAGGGAACAGAAGAGAGGAGAGGAGAGGAAGAGAGAAGAUGAGACACUGACAGUUGGACUUUUAAAUGGUGGCAACAGAACGACUCUUACCCGAACACUACACCUGGCACCACAUCUGAUUGGAUGGUUUAGUCAGAAUGACAGCCGAAGAUCCCGCCUCCUCCUCUUCAGCCAUGAGUAAUAACCCAGCGCCUUCCGGUUCCAACCCCCCAGGCCCUUCCCAUCACUCCCCGCACGGACCAAUCACAGUGCCCGAGGGUGUGUCCGGGGCCCACAAUGAAGCGGCCCUAGUGUCUCUGAUGGAGCGUACGGGUUACGGCAUGGUGCAGGAGAACGGUCAGAGGAAAUACGGCCCUCCGCCGGGCUGGGAAUCCGCCUCCCCGCCACGCGGCUGUGAGAUCUUCGUGGGUAAGAUCCCCCGGGACGUCUACGAAGACGAGCUGGUCCCGGUGUUCGAGUCGGCGGGUCAGAUCUACGAGAUGCGUCUGAUGAUGGACUUUGACGGUAAGAACCGCGGCUACGCCUUCGUCAUGUACACACAGAAACACCAGGCGAAACGCGCCGUGCGGGAGCUCAACAACUACGAGGUGCGUCCCGGACGCCUCCUAGGGGUCUGCUGCUCUGUGGACAACUGUCGCCUCUUCAUCGGGGGCAUCCCCAAAACCAAGAAGAGAGAGGAGAUCCUGGAGGAGGUGUCCAAGGUGACGGAGGGCGUCCUGGACGUCAUAGUGUACGCCAGCGCUGCGGACAAGAUGAAGAACCGGGGCUUUGCCUUCGUGGAGUAUGAGAGUCACCGUGCCGCAGCCAUGGCGCGCAGGAAGCUGAUGCCCGGCAGGAUCCAGCUGUGGGGGCACCAGAUCGCCGUGGACUGGGCGGAGCCGGAGAUAGAUGUGGACGAGGACGUCAUGGAGACCGUGAAGAUUCUAUACGUCAGGAACCUGAUGAUGGAGACCAGCGAGGACACACUGCGACAGGUGUUUGGCCAGUGGAACCAGGGCUGCGUGGAACGUGUCAAGAAGAUCCGCGACUACGCCUUCGUCCACUUCUCGUCCCGUGACGAUGCCGUGGUUGCCAUGGACCACCUGAACGGGACGGAGGUGGAGGGGUCCUGUAUCGAGGUCACCCUGGCUAAGCCUGUCGACAAAGAGCAGUACACGCGUUACCAGAAGGCAUCUAAAGGGGGCGCUACAGCGGCCGCGGCCGUGGCAGCUCCGGAACCAGUCCAGCAGAACUACGUGUACCAGUGUGACCCCUACACCCUCACCUACUAUGGGUACCCUUACAACACGCUGAUCGGACCCAACAGGGACUACUUCAUCAAAGGAGGCCCAAUGAUACAGACCAAUGGUGCUGUGCGAGGUCGUGGCCGAGCGACGGCAGGUAGCCGUGCCCCCGGCCCCCGGGGGUCAUACCUGGGUGGUUACUCUGCUGGGCGGGGUAUCUACAGCCGGUACCAUGAAGGCAAAGCCAAGGGCCCCGACAACAAGGCCUACGAGCUGGUACCCUCUAUGGAGCUGACGGCCUCAGUCAACCCGUUGGGCAUCAAGCCUUGCACAAUGGGCCUGCAGGCUCUAGGAGGCCAGUACCCGGUGUUCCAGGGAGCCAAGCUGAUGGAGGAAGGGAAGAUGCAUCACUCUGUGGAACACCUCAUUAACCCCCUGGCCCUGCAGCACGACCACACAGCCCAGAACACACAGGCUGUUAUACCUGCUGUCUCCUCACCUCCACCCUACCAGGGUCGUCCCAUCACACCAGUGUACACCAUGACCCACAACAUGCAGCGUAUCCCCACGGCCAGUGGUCUGUACGGAGCAGGCUAUAUGCCCAUUACCAACUACAACGCUGCCGCCCUGGCAGCCCUGCAGAAGAACGCAGCCGUGGCCGCUGCAGCCUACGGAGGGUACGCUGGUUACGCCGUGCCCCAGGCCUUCCCUGCCGCAGCGUUUCAGGUGCCCAUCCACGACGUCUACCAGACCUACUGACAACAGCUACCAGACCUACUGACAACAUCUACCAGCUACCAGACCUACUGACAACAGCUACCAGACCUACUGACAACAUCUACCAGACCUACUGACAACAGAUACCAGCUACCAGACCUACUGACAACAUCUACCAGACCUACUGACAACAGAUACCAGCUACCAGACCUACUGACAACAUCUACCAGACCUACUGACAACAGCUACCAGACCUACUGACAACAGAUACCAGACCUACUGACAACAGCUACCAGCUACCAGACCUACUGACAACAUCUACCAGACCUACUGACAACAUCUACCAGAC